UGUAAAUUGCCCAAACACCCACCCAAUCUUAUCACGUUUUGACUUUCCCCAUUCCCAGUAUCACCACAUUUGCACACGCGCUGCAUAAAGCGGCGCCAUACCGCAACCCAAUCCCCAGAAUAUGCCACGUCACACCUUCUCCAUCAAAACCCAGUCACCCUAUCAUUCCCCUUCUUCCUCACCAACCCUAGUCUAAGCUAUAUAUAUCCCCAUCCCGUUAACCUCAUUUCUCUCUCCCCUUUUCUCUUUUCUCUUUCGCUCGCCCUCAUCCGUUCCGUUCGUUUUUUUCCCUCUGCAAAAUUCUCUUCUCGACCAACAAAACCCAGGCCCUCCAAAUUAGGGUUUCUCCCCGGGAAUGUGAUUCAGCGCGCGGCACGCAGAGCGAACAUCAAUGGCGGAGAAGACAUUCGGCGGCGUGAUAGGGUAUGCCCUGGCGCCGAAGAAGCAGAACAGCUUCAUCCGCGACUCAUUGGUGAGUCUAGCGAAAUCGCGAGGGAUCGAACUCGUGCGCGUCGACUCGGACAAGCCCCUCGCGGAUCAGGGCCCCUUCGAUUGCGUCCUCCACAAGCUCUACGGCGACGAUUGGAAACGCCAACUUCGAGAAUUCCAGUCUCGCUUCCCAAAUGCGGUUAUCCUCGACGCGCCCGAAGCGAUCGAACGCCUCCACAACCGAAUCUCGAUGCUGCAGGUCGUGUCGGAACUCCAAAUCCAGGACCGAACCGAGACCUUUGGGAUCCCGAAGCAGAUUGUGAUAUACGACAAGGCCACGCUAAUGGACCCCCAGGCCGGGGAGAGUCUCAAGUUUCCGGUGAUUGCGAAGCCGCUUGUGGCCGACGGCAGUGCUAAGUCGCACAAGAUGGCGCUUGUGUUCACGCGUGACGCGCUCGAUAAGCUGAAGCCCCCGAUCGUGCUGCAGGAGUUUGUCAACCACGGCGGCGUGAUCUUCAAGGUUUACGUGGUGGGCGAGCACGUGCGGUGCGUGAAGCGCAAGUCCCUCCCCGAUGUGUCGGAGGAGAAGACGGUGGGCGUUUCGGAGAACCUUCUGUCGUUUUCGCAGGUCUCCAACCUGGCUAACCACGACGCUGGAAACGACAGCGAUGGCUAUUACCGGCUGAUGCAUUUGGAGGACACCGAGAUGCCCCCGAAUGCCUUCGUCGUCGACAUCGCUAGGGGCCUCAGGCGGGCUCUCAAGUUGAAUCUCUUCAAUUUCGACGUCAUAAGGGACGCUCGAUAUGGCAACCGAUACCUCAUCAUCGAUAUCAAUUAUUUCCCUGGCUACGCCAAAAUGCCUGGAUACGAGGCCGUUUUGACCCAGUUUUUCUGCGAGGUCAUGUUGAAGAAAGAGCAAGAAGAACAACAGGGGGAGAGUCACGUUCCCGUUUCUACCAAGGACAAUGAGGAAUCUUUUCAGGUCUGAGAUAAUUUUGUCACACAGCUCAAAUGUACUUGUCGUUGGUUGGUGGCUUUUGGGUAACCAUACUUUCCCCAGUGGACCCAUUGGCCUCAUUGGUUGGUACUUGGUAAUGGUAGGCACGAGUUACACAUUUCCAUUUAGGGUGCAGUUGGUACAGUAGGGUUGGUUGUGGCUAGUUUUUAACCUCUUAACAUGUAUAUUCCUUCCACCAUUGCUUUGUGGAGAUAGGUACCUUUUCAAAUACCCUCAACAUUUAGGAAAGUUGUAUUUUGCGGCUUAAGAUACUAAGCUAGAAACUGUUUUACCUUGUGCCCUUUUUUCCACUCAAUAACUUUUUUUUUUUCCUAUUUUGCCAAA